GCCCAACGAGGAAUAGAAAACAAAUGGCCUCCUCCGCCCUCCACCACCUCCACCGGCUCCGCUCCAUGCCACCCGCUCUCACCUAGCUCUCUCUCUUUCUCUUUUAAUAUCCCAAGGCAAAGAAAAGAGAAGAAAAGGAGAAUUCCAAGAGAGGAAGAGGGAGAUAGAGAGAGAAGAUCUCCGGUCCUCGUCCACCUCCUCGCAUUAUGGCUCUCACCUCCUUCCUCCCCUCCGCCACCCCCAAAAGCCACCACCAUGACCACCACAAGCGAAAGAAGAAGCCAUCUCAGCUCCCACCACCAAGACCACCGCCACCACCUCAGCCCACGAAAAGGCCGGCCCCGCCUUCCUCGUGGGAGCAGUUUAAGAGCCUGCUGAGCUGCAGGAUCUCCGCACCGUCCCAGGUCCAUGAACCCUCGAAGCUGGGGGGAAGGUCAUCGUCGUGCGGGUCGUCCAUCUGCGCCUUCCGGGACGUGGUCCACGGCAACACCCGCGUCGUCCACCGCUCCGACACCGACCACUACUCCUCCGCCUCCGACAGCGGACCCCUCGACACCGCCCCCCUCGCCCGCCGCCGCCACCCCCCUCCGCCGCCGGUGGUCACCUCCGGGUCACACUCCAAGGGGGGAAUGCAGCUGAGGAAGCUCUCCGGGUGUUACGAGUGCCAUGCCAUCUCCGCCGAGCCAGCUUCCAGGAGGUACCCGAGAUCGAGGAUGCUAUGCGCGUGCCCCGCGUGCGGAGAGGUGUUUACUAAAUCCGAGAGUUUGGAGCUCCAUCAAACCAUUCGCCAUGCUGUGUCGGAACUGGGAGCGGAGGACUCCGGAAGGAACAUCGUGGAGAUCAUCUUCAAGUCCAGCUGGCAGAAGAAGGACCAUCCGAUCUGCAAGGUCGAGCGCAUCCUCAAGGUCCACAAUACCCAGCGCACCAUCGCCCGCUUCGAGGACUACCGCAACGCCGUCAAGGCCCGCGCCCUCCUCCACCUCCACGCCGCCGGCGGCCUCCGCCAACCCUCCACCAACAAGAAGAACCCCCGCUGCGCCGCCGACGGCAACGAGCUCCUCCGCUUCCACUGCACCACCCUCGCUUGCUCACUCGGCGCCCGGGGCUCCACCGCCCUCUGCUCCUCCGCCGCCGCCGCCGUCGGCGCCACAGCUCCCUGCGGCGUCUGCGCCAUCAUCCGCCACGGCUUCGGCCGGGCCCACCACCCGCACGGGGUGUGCACCACCGCCAGCAGCGGCCGCGCCCACGACUGCGGCUCGCCGUCGUCGGGGGUCGCUGGCGGCGGCGUUGUAGGGGGGCUGAGGGCCAUGCUCGUGUGCCGGGUAAUCGCCGGUCGGGUCCGCCGCCCGGGAGACGCCGACCCCGCCGCGGAGGACGCCUACGACUCGGUGGCCGGGGCCGGGGCCCGGGCCGGUGCCGGGGAUCCGGGACUGGGGGACGGCGGGGCGUACACGAAUCUCGAGGAGCUGUUCGUGGCCAAUCCGAGGGCCAUCCUGCCCUGUUUCGUCGUCAUCUACCGGUCGCUCGAGUAGAUGAUUGAUUGCUUGAUCUAAUUUUGUUUGGUCUAUGCGUUAAUGAGAUGACAUGAAUAGUAGAUUAGAUGUGAUAACGACGGCGACAAGGAAAGAAAAGGGUCGCUCACCCUCUGCGGCCCAUGCUCCUACCUUUCUUGUAUAUAACUGUUUCACUUCUUUUUGUUCUUUACUUCUUUUUGAAGCCUUCUAAAAGCUCUGCUCGGUUUGGUUCACCUGGUAAUUUCAUUAAUCAAAUAAGCAUGCAAAAGCUAGUGUUUUUUA